ACCAAUUGCCUUCUCGCACCCUGUACCUUACAUCCUCCUCUGACAGUACUUACCACAUCUGCUCGUCUCUGCACACGAAGGCGCAUCUAAAUCAACUUCAUCCACAUUGACCAUGCCGCUGGAGGCUCAAAUGGAAAGGCUGGCCGUCAACGGCCAAACAGUUGAGGCUCAGCCCCUGAAACCCAAGGCCACAUCCACCAAGACAUCGCUCUCCUCUGGUUCAUUCCGCCCGAAGCUUCUGAAGGUAGCCCUUCAGAAUCGUUUGGAUCACUCGUCGAUACCGUCACUGAGACAGACUGAGAUACCACGACCCCCACCCUCGAAACCGGCCUCUGGAAAGGAGCAGUCAAACGAAGCCACCGAAAACCAUGACCCGAUAGACACGCUCGUCAACCAGCCUGUCAUAAAAACCUUCCACUUGGGAAUGUUCGAGAUCGGCAAGCCCCUCGGCAAAGGCAAAUUCGGCCGGGUGUACUUGGCCCGGGAGCGGGAGCACCAGUUCAUCUGUGCACUAAAGGUCCUGCAUAAGAGCGAGCUCCAACAAGCCCGUGUAGAGAAGCAGGUUCGACGGGAGAUCGAAAUACAGAGCAACCUAUGCCACCCUAACAUUUUGAAGCUGUAUGGCCACUUUCACGACUCCAAACGGGUCUUCCUCAUCCUGGAGUAUGCUGGCCAAGGCGAACUAUACAAGCACCUACAAAAGGUAACCCGUUUUCACGAGCAGAGAGCAGCACAGUACAUUGCACAAAUGACAAGUGCACUCCUCCACCUACACCGAAAGAAUGUCAUCCAUCGUGACAUUAAGCCUGAAAAUAUCCUUGUUGGUCUCCGCGGAGAGAUCAAAAUUUCAGAUUUUGGCUGGAGUGUUCAUGCACCUGGUAAACGCCGAAAUACAUACUGUGGCACCCUCGACUACCUCCCACCAGAAAUGGUAACCUCAGGCAGCAUGGAUAAUUCCUAUGAUGAAAAGGUUGAUCUAUGGUCUCUGGGCGUAUUGAUGUACGAGUUCUUGGUGGGCGAGGCGCCCUUCGAGGAUAGUUUUGUUAUGACAACCCGGAGGAUUGCGAGGGCUGAUAUGACCAUCCCCUCGUUUGUCAGCGCCGAGGCUAGAGACCUCAUCCAGAAGCUGCUCGUGGUCGACCCCAAGCGCAGGUUGCCUCUCGAGGAGGUUCAAAAACAUCCCUGGAUUGUCAUGAACUGUGACAAGGGGCAGAAAGGGACCAAGAGCGAUGGAGACAAGAAGGACACAGGAGGCGAAAAGGGUGGCAAGGUGACGAAGGAUGUUGAGCUCAAGACUUGAAAGAUGUGGGCUUGAGCGAGGAAGACCAUGGUCUAAUUCCCAUGGUCUAGCCGGAUAGUGUGGCCGAGACACCCACACUGGGUAUGUGCUUGUACGAAUGUGGACUGGUAGAAUGCGGAGUCUUUUGCAUGGUGUUGAGGCGUCGAGGCGUUGGGCUCAUCUGAUGUUGCUAUGUACAAAUUUAACACGCAAAUGGCAUGUUCUCUCUUGAA